UUGUGAAACCGGGCUGUUUUACUGUUGGUAAAAUAGUGAACGCGAUACAGAGUUCGUCACAAUCUGCCUCAAUACGCAAACGAUGAGCGAAAGUCGGGUACAUUCGGAAGAUAUUGACAUAGAUCCACCAUCGGAAAGGUCUUUGAUAAUUUUUGGGCGAGAUGUGAGCACGAUCCCCUGUUUUCGAAACAGCUUUUUGUAUGGCAUCAGCAUUGGGAUGGGGGUAGGAUUUUUGGCGUUCCUUAAAACCUCUCGUCCGCAACUGUCCACACACAUCGGGUUUGGCACGUUUAUGGCGACGACACUGGGCUAUUGGUUUCCGUGUCGGUACAAUUGGUCCAAGCAAAAGUUUGAUACUGCACAGUUGCAGCAAGCACUGCAACAGCAAGCUAUAUACGAGGGUACCGAAAAGGAGCGUGAGAAGAUUGACGCAAAGUUGGAACACGCCUAAUUACAGGAGAGAAACUCGGUCCAGUAGUUGAGUGUUUUAUCUUGUAAAUUGUGUUAAUAAAUAUUAAAAAAGUCACCUAACGUUUUAGC